AUGGCAAAGGAAGUCCAAACCUCGCAGAGUGGAGAAAUCAAGAAAACAGCAGAAGAUCUGGAUGAAUUUUUGAACAGGGUUAGAAGAGGUACCGAUGUCUCUAAUGAGGAAAUUUUAAGCUUUGCUAAGUUGUUCAAUGAUGAACUUACGCUAGAUAAUAUCAGCAGGCCUCGAUUAGUGAAUAUGUGUAAGUAUAUGGGAAUCCAAUCUUUUGGCACUGAUGCAUAUUUGCGUUAUAUGCUCCGAAAAAGAUUGCAAAGUUUAAGCCUUCGUAUCUUGGAUUUUGAAGAAGGUAAAUUCCUAAAACUAUAUGAGUUCACAGCGAAACAAAUCUUAGGAGUAGAGAUGAUGUUGUUUGUCUUAUCUGAUGAUGGUGAUCGAGUGAUGGUUGGAAUAUUGGUGACUUUCAACUAG